CACCAGACGCUGCCGACGACGGACAGCCGGCCGGCCGGGGAAGUAAUCACAGGAUGCCAAACUACAAACUCAUUUACUUUAACAUGAGGGGGAGAGGAGAAAUCAUUCGUUACAUAUUCGCAUAUUUGAACAUUGAGUACGAAGACCACAGAAUCGAACAAGCGGACUGGCCCCAAAUCAAGCCAGGGCUUCCAUUUGGCAAAAUCCCCAUCUUGGAGGUCGAUGGAGUCACCCUGCACCAGAGCCUCGCCAUAGCCAGAUACUUGACCAAAAACACAGAGCUGGCGGGCAGCACGGAGCUGGAGCAGUGCCAGGUGGACGGGGUGGCCAGCACGCUGGACGACUUCAUGUCGCGGUUUCCCUGGGCCGAGAAGAAGCCGGACGUGAGAGAGCAGGCCUUCACCCAGCUGCUGACGCAGGAAGCCCCUGGCCUCCUGCAGGACCUGGACGCGUACCUGGGGGAGAAGGAGUGGCUGGUGGGCGACUCCGUGACGUGGGUGGACUUCUACUGGGAAAUCUGCAGCAGCACGCUCCUGGUCCUCCAGCCCGACCUGCUGGCCGGCCACCCCCGGCUGGCCGCGCUCCGGACGCGGGUCCAAGCCCUCCCCGCCAUCGCCAAGUGGAUACAGCGGAGGCCCCCGACCAGACUCUAGGUGCACGAGGCCACCCCCGAGCUGACCGUCCCCGAGGUGACCAUCCCCCGAGCUGACCGUCCCCGAGGUGACCAUCCCCCGAGCUGACCGUCCCCGAGGUGACCA